GUCCCUCCCUCUAAAAGCACUCUGUGUGGGGAACAUGAGAGCCAGACCAAAGCUCAGAGGAACCAACCUGGACCUCCAUCCAGCUCUGUGUCCUAUAAAACUAACAGAGUCAAAGAUGUCAUUAAGAAAUUUGAGCAAAGACAGUCGUCUGAGAAAAAGAUCCAUCAUAGACUCAAACCUGGACCUCCACCCAGCUCUAUGUCCUUAAAGAGUGACUGGUCUAAAGAUGGCUACAUAGAUUUUAAAGUCUCUGCUGCAAAGAGAGGUCAGAGGUCACAGUCUGCAGGAUUCAGCUGUCCGUCUGUGAGAAGCAACUGGUCCAAACACAGCAAUCCAGGCUUCAGUGCUGAACCUGGACCAACGAGAGAGAGGAAGAGGAGUGGUGUUUGUGAGGAGGUGCAGCUGUCCUGCUGUGCUUUGUGCCAGGAUGUCCUGAAGGAUCCAGUCUCUACCAGCUGUGGACACUGGUUCUGUAGACAGUGCAUCUCCUUAUACUGGGACCAGUCUGCUUCAUCAGGAGACUCCUCCUGUCCCCAGUGUGGAGAAAGAUCAAGAACCAGAGCUGGACUGCAGACAGCCAGUCAGAGCAGCUGUGUACAAACAGAUGUUGGUCUGCAGGAGGUUUUAGAUGAACAUAAGAUCAGUCUGAGGAGGAGAUGUGAACGUGUGACUGAAGGAAGUGAUGAAACAGGAAGUAGAACCCUCCUCAACAGGAUCUACACUGAGCUCUACAUCACAGAGGGACAGAGUGAAGAGGUUCAUACCCAACAUGAGGUGAGGCAGCUGGAGACAGCUUCCAAGAUGGACGCCCUCCAUGACACUCCAAUCAGGUGCCAGGACAUCUUUAAAGCCUUACCUGACCAACAGAGACCCAUCAGAGUGGUUCUGACCAAUGGCGUCGCUGGUGUUGGAAAAACCUUCUCAGUGCUGAAGUUCACUCUGGACUGGGCAGAGGGCUUGGAGAACCAACAUGUCAGUGUGGUGGUUCUGCUUUCAUUCAGGGAGCUGAACCUGAUCAGAGAUGAGCAGUACAGUCUUCUGGAGCUGCUCCAUGUUUUCCAUCCAACAUUACAGAAGGUCACAGCAGAGAAGCUGGCUGUCUCUCAGCUUUUGUUCAUCUUUGACGGCCUGGAUGAAAGCAGACUUUCAAUGGAUUUCACCAACAGGAAGCUGCUGUCUGAUGUCACACAGAAGUCAUCAGUCAGCCAGCUGCUGACAAACCUCAUCCAGGGGAAACUGCUUCCCUCAGCUCUCGUCUGGAUAACUUCCCGACCUGCAGCAGCCAAUCAGAUCCCUCCUACAUGUGUUGACAGGCUAACAGAAGUACGAGGCUUCACUGACGCCCAGAAGGAGGAGUACUUCAGGAAGAGAUUCAGUGAUGAAGAGCUGUCCAGCAGAAUCAUCUCCCACAUGAAGACAUCCAGGAGCCUCCACAUCAUGUGUAGAAUCCCAGUCUUCUGCUGGAUCACUGCUACAGUUCUGGAGCACAUGUUGACUACAGAGCAGAGAGGAGAGCUGCCCAAGACCCUGACCGACAUGUACUCAUACUUCCUGCUGGUUCAGACAAAGAGGAAGAAGAACAAGUACCAUAAGGGACAUGAGACGAGUCCACAGGAGCUGACGGAGACUGACAGGGAAGUUCUUCUGAAGCUGGGGAGGCUGGCGUUUGAACAUCUGGAGAAAGGAAACAUCAUGUUCUACCAAGAAGACCUGGAGCAGUGUGGUCUGGAUGUGACAGAGGCCUCGGUGUACUCAGGAGUUUGUACAGAGAUCUUCAAAAGAGAGUGUGUGAUCUUCCAGAAACCAGUCUACUGCUUUGUUCAUCUGAGCAUUCAGGAGUUUCUGGCUGCUAUCUACAUGUUCCACUGUCACAACAACAGGAAGACUGAUGUGGUGAAGAACUUCCUAAAACAUAAAUCUUGGAUCAAGAAGAUUUUCAGUCUUUUUGAUAACAGAGAUCUCCAAUCACUCGAUGUAUUUCUGAGCAGAGUCAUGGAGAAAUCCCUCCAGAGUAAAAAUGGCCACCUUGACCUGUUUGUUCGCUUCCUUCAUGGCCUCUGUCUGGAAUCCAACCAGAGACUCUUAGGAGGUCUGCUGGGUCAGACAGAGAUCAGUCCAGAAACCAUCCAGAGAGUCAUCAACAACCUGAAGAAGAUGAACAGUAAUAAAAUCUCUCCUGACAGAAGCAUCAACAUCUUCCACUGUCUGAUGGAGAUGAACCACCUCUCAUUAUUUAAGGAGAUCCAAGAGUUCCUGAAGUCAGAGAACAGAUCAGAGAAGAAACUCUCUGAGAUCCACUGCUCAGCUCUGGCCUUCAUGCUGCAGAUGUCAGAGGAGGUUCUGGAUGAGUUGGACCUGCAGAAGUACAACACAUCAGAGCAGGGACGACAGAGACUGAUUCCAGCUGUGAGGAACUGCAGAAAGGCUCGAUUAAAGCCAAACAAAGAUUCUCAUUAAAAGUCUGCAGGUCUGAGAGAGACUGAAUCAUUGUGUCAUGUCAAACACAGUACGAGGAGCUGAAGCACAGAUGUGAA